AUGGGCUUGACAACUGGCUUAGGGUCUCAAUAUGAAUUGUUAAACGGUUUUAACCAAAUUAUUAUCUCUAAAAUGGCCAACACUUCCCUUCGAUAUAGUUAUGUGUUUGAAUUUGAACGCAAUUUUAACUACAAUUACACCACUAAAUGGAUGUCCGAGAAUUGGAUGACCAGCUUUUAUUUCAUCACAACUUAUUUGAUGAUUAUAUUUGGUGGACAACAAUGGAUGAAAGAUCGGGAACCUUUUAAAUUACGAUCGACGCUAUUCUUAUGGAAUCUACUUUUGGCCAUUUUUUCCAUCACUGGAACCGUUAGAGUAAUGCCGGAAAUAUUAUCUGUGAUACGAGAACAGGGAUUCUUUGACUCGGUUUGCGAUAACGGAUACAUAACACGAGUGAAUGUGUCGAGUCUAUGGACGUGGCUAUUCGUUGUGUCCAAAGUGCCAGAAUUGGGCGACACUUUGUUCAUUGUUUUACGCAAACAAAAGCUCAUUUUCCUUCACUGGAAAAGGCCCUAA